UUGCACCGCUAACAUGGUUGACGAAGUCACGAAGAAGGCGCUUGCCAAAAUACCUCUUUUGAGAACUAAGGCUGGGCCAAGAGAUGACGAUCUUUGGGUGGCUAGAUUAAAGGAAGAACUCAAUACACUGAUCACGUAUGUGAAGAACAACAAAGAAGCAGACAAUGACUGGUUUCGUUUAGAGACGAAUGAGAAGGGGACGAGAUGGUUUGGGAAAUGCUGGUACAUCCAUGAGUUGCUCAAAUAUGAAUUUGAUGUCGAGUUUGAUAUCCCAGUGACAUAUCCCACGACAGCUCCAGAAAUAGCCUUGCCAGAACUUGAUGGGAAAACUGCUAAAAUGUACAGAGGUGGAAAAAUCUGUCUGACUGACCACUUUAAGCCACUUUGGGCAAGAAAUGUGCCGAAGUUUGGUAUAGCUCAUGCAAUGGCCUUAGGAUUGGGACCAUGGUUAGCAGUAGAGAUUCCAGAUUUAAUAAGUAAAGGAAUAGUUCAUCAUAAAGAAACAGGAGCAAGUAAUUAGGAUGAUUUCUGAAAUGGUCUUUUGAGCUUCGUCACAUCUGUAUGGACUUCGGAGAAAGCACAGACCUUCCAGAGGGGGCACACGUCAGGUAUUAUGUUCACAAAGGGGAUUGUGGAUCUUUUUGAGGCAAUGAACCACCAGUAACCAGACAUCAAGUCUGCAUCAACCAAUUAGAAAGUAGCAUUGAGAGGAGACUUUUGACAUAGCUGUGUGACUGGAGUAUCCAGAUGCCAUGUUCACAAAGUUUUGAAAAAACAGGAUGUUAAAAAAAUCAAACAGUAUUGUCACAAUUUUGUAAAAACAUCUGAUAGUGUGUAGUACGAAGUUUCACAUCUAUUUCUCGAGGAUGAACACAUCAGGGGGAAAUAACUUAGGAGGAAGAUUCUCAAAGACACCAUUCAAAUGCAUCAUUCAAAUGCAGUUUUAGUAGUCUAAUUGCUAUUUGAGUGUUGUUCAUUCUAUCUAUCCAUCCAUCUGUUGACACACUUGGCAUUUUUUAACCAUAUGGCCCUGGCUUUUCAAGUCAGAAUAGCAAGGAAAUCAUUGUUAGGAUUCAUACUGUGUCAACAAGGCAUUGUUCACUGAAGUGGCCAUAGCACUAGCAGACGACAAAAACAAGUUUAAAAAGGGUGUCAGAUUCAACAGGGAUUUUCUCCUGUUCUGUGGCCACUUGGCAUGGAUUGCUACUCUCUAAAAAGUAUAGAGUGAAACUUCGCGGAGCGACUUGAAUAUCCCCACAUUUACAUACGGCAAAUAGGCCGAUCGGAACCUAAUAACAUUGAUCGGGAUUAAUACGCAGUUCAACUAACAACGGAGUGUUAGCUCUGCUACCUCCACCCUCCAUCUACCCUUCACCGACCCUUCACUGGCCGCCGACCCUUCACCGAUCACUGGCCUUUCACCGACCGCUGUCUUUCACAGACCACCGGUGCUUCACCGACCACCGUCUUCCACAGACCACCGGCACUUCACCGACCACCGUCUUUCACAGACCACCGGCCCUGCACCGGCCACCGACCCUUUAACCGAUCACCGGCCCUUCACUAACAAUCGGCACUUACGACCAUGGGUAAUAAGUAGGGAGAAUAGGUUGAAAUGGAUUUAAUUAUGUCAUAAUAAGAGUACCGGUACGUUAGAGUACGUUUUGAUCAAACAUUAUUGCCAAUCCAAUGUAAAGAUGUGUCGAUGUUUUGGCGUGCUCCGCAACAAUGGUUAUUAGGGCUACCGCGGAUGCAACUGUACGUUUGGUUUGGUUAACAAGCGUAGAAGGCGUAAGACAAUUUAACACUUUUUUUUGUUGUAAUUUGUGUGAGGUUAUAUAUUUAUAAUAACAUUUACAUUGGUAUUUUACACAUAACUCGCAUCGUAAAAAAAUGCAAUGUAAAAAAAUGUUCAUAGUUACAAGAAUUUGCCAAUGGCAAUAAUGAAUAAUGAAUAAUAGGCCUAUAGCCUAAUUUUAGACAAUGUUCGAUCAUUGUGACGCACGUGUGCAUGGCUGGGUGUGCUAGAGUAUUGGAUAACAUUGUCUGCCGCGACGUCGACAAUGUCCAUUAUGAGAUCUUCUUGGGGGUGGUGUUCCGCGAUCAUCAUGUCCAUGGUGUUCCUCUCCCGCUCAUCCUCUGGCAUUUGACGAAAUGAUUCCUGGUACUUAAGCUCUGUGUGUCCACUUUCUCUGAUGAGUUUUUUAGCUCAGCUGACUAAGUCAGCCGAGCUUGUCAAAUAAGUUGUUCAGUGGCGUCCGUCUGUCCAUCCAUCCAUCCAUCCAUCCAUCCAUCCAUCCGUCCAUCCGUUAAACCCAUGGUGCACAUUUUGUAACCGUAAGACCUAGAGACUUCAAUUUUGCAUUUCUGGAUACUUCUGGUCAAACUCUACUUUCAAAACAAAAUUUGUCGCCAUUCGACCUACUUCCUGCGAGCGAGAGUGCAUGAAGGAAACUGGCCUAUAUCGGCCUAGGAGCAGCAGAAUUAGUCGAAAUAUGCUCUAAUAUUAAGAUAAAAUUCUUGAAAAUCUAUUUUAUUGAGAAAAAGUUCAAAAUUUUAACAGGAGAGGGCGCUACCUGCCUUUUAGUUAUUUCUGCCGAUUCAAAUUCCCGCCCGAUGACGUCAGCCAUCAAUGAAGUCUCCUAUUUGCCAGUUCUCAAAACAUGGCAGCUACACAACAAAAGCAGUAGGCCUAGCUCCAGGAACAAAUCACUGUUCACUUCAGCUUCGUAAUCGAUUGUAACCCCACUUUAUUGUGUUUUGUGUGGUGUUCCUAUUCAAUCAACGAUGUAAGGCCUUAUUAUGUUGGUUUUAAUUGAGAAGGUGCAUUAUAAGCGGCGUACGAAAUACCGAAGCGGAGACAAAAUGGCGGCAUGUUGUUUACGCCUGGAGCUCAAUGACACUCAAGUACCCAAUUUUCUGCUUAAAAAGUAGUCUGGUAGGCGAUAUUAUCACUACUUCGUUUCAGUGGUAGUCAUAAGGUCUUUAGGGACUACUUUCAGAAAUUAGUUCUUGAAAAUUUGGCCACAUUUCUGUGAAAACGAUAUCGGAAGUGCAUGCUCUGUUCGCGAUGACAUCGCCGAUGUAUUUUGAAGUGGAGAAUUCCCACAGUAUGUGCAGUGAAUCGGCAUGAUUCUGUUCGCCUAUUAAGUUUUAGUUCUACGAUUCUUUCAUGAGUAAAAAGUAGACAUUCUAAGCAAUACAAUAAUGUCACUCCCAUAAAAAUUGAUUGGAAAUUGAGGGAGCUACGGCAUUCUGUUCGGCAACUGGCAGCGCUGAAAAAAUACAUUGCAUACUGUACAAUACCAAAUGGCACAUUUUAAAAAGCGCUCAUUGGACAACGUAGGGAAUCACCAGAAAUGACGUCAUCGCUGGUAUAAAUAGAAAACUACGGUGGCGCAGUAGAGCACAAGAAAAGGUUUAGCAUUAACUUCGUCAUGCAAGCUUCAGCAACAAAACGAUUUCUCAUGAAUGAUUUAUUUGAUCAUCAUCAGCUUGUUUCCCCUGAUAGAUAAAAAAAUGAUUUACAAUUUCCAUCAAAGUUUUCUAUUUUGUGUAUAGUCACAUGUUAUUUAACUGACAGUUUUGAAUAUUCGCGGGAAAAUACUUCGUACUUGUAAACGAGGCUAUGACAAUGAGUGUCCUCAUUCAUGGCAUAAACUUAAUGUUUCGGUAUAUAUUUUCAUACGAUGAUUUCACCCGAAUUAUGGUCAGAAUUGAGGAAUGAACAGUGGCAUAAUUAUGUCAACCAAAAACAUUGGUACCGUAGUGAACGCAAAAGGAUAUCAAAUACCAUGGAGCAUGCCAUUUUCAUGCAUAAUGAACUGAACACCGGGAAGAUAUUAAUGAUAUCAACUCAGCUGAGCGCCAGGCCCUUGGGCCUCUUGUUGGCAUCUUCGUUGUCGUGAACAAAUUUGAUGAAUAUUGAGCGUUUCUUGCCAUUGCGGCCGACAAUCUCCUUCAGAGUACCCAUUUUGUCCCUUGUAAGAUCUUCAAGAAUGCCCAAAAAAGAGAAUGACGACGAACACAUUAUACAUGGUACAUUUUAAAUUUUGAAAAAAAAGAUAUUGAACACUUCAUUAUUUUAGUUAGCCUUACUCAUCAAUGAUAGUUUGCGUACCAAUCUUGUUCAAUUUCUUUCCAAUUUGUUUAGGAGUAAUUAUUGGCCCCGAGCCGCUGACAACUGCCCUGCAGAUUCGAUGUCUUAGUGUUACUAUAUUUGGAAUAGCAAUUGUCGCUUCCCCAACAGAGGUCUGUGCAGCCUGAAAAAAACAUGUUAUUUUGUUUAAAAUAGGAAUAUAUAUAUAUAGGGCCUAUUUACGAACUAGCGUUUUAGUGCCCAUGGAAUAUCCCCCGUUGCUAAGGGCGUUACGCUUACUUGUGACGUCAAACAGAAGCCGACCUAUCUAAACAGAGGUUAUGUUGCCAUGCGACGUGCUAGCAAUGAAUGACGUCACAGGUGGAAUGAGGAGAUGACGUUGACACUAUCCGAGGACAUAGGUCAUAGGUCAGCACAUGGAGAUUGCCCGCAAUCCUGAGAACGGGCAAUGCGUCCUUGGACCAACACAGAUUUUCUGUGCAGGAAGCUGCAUCACCCGCACCAUCAUGACUUGAUGGAGGUUGUUCUAUAUGUUCUGAAGAAAAGAUUAUUUCAAAUUAUAAAAUUUUUAUUGCAUAAUGGAGUUGCCGCAAUGCUUGUAGUUAGGCUAGUUAAGAAGCAGAAAAAGGAAGUGUCCAACCUACCCAAUUUUCACCUUGGCUGCUGUUCCAUCUUGCAAUAUAGUCGAUGAAUUCGUCAGCGUAGGCAUGGUACAUCUUUUUAGCGUCCUCGGACAGGAUGUAGUUUGUGGUUGUGUUUCUGUGGGCCAUUUCAAUAUCAUUGAAAACCGGAGUGAAGUUCUUGAGGGUCUCAUGUUCUAGGGCCUCCAUAUUGGCUAGUUGCAUGACGGUCUUGUAGAGCUGUGGCUUGUUAAUAAAGAAGAGUAGUUUGUCCAAGAAACUGUCCUCCAUGUUUACCAUGGAGCAGAGCUCAUUUAGGAAUGGUGCCGGUUGUUCGAAGCAGCACAUGGACAUACUGGUGUUUCCGAAUGUCCGUUCUCCUGUGGCUAAUAUGGUUUUGUCCCCAACACCACCCCAAAGCUUGCACAACAUAGCACGCUCGGCCUCUCCUUUGCUUUGUUUGAGGUUAAUAGCUGAUAUGAGUCGCAUGCCCUCGUCUGAGGUAUGGAUGCCGUAACCGUUGUUCUCUUGUAUUCCUGUGCUUGUGUAGUUCUCGAUGUGAAUUGUCUGCCCUUGAUUAUGCUUCUGGUACUCAUCCAUCACUGGUGUGAUGAUGCGCCCAUACACGUUAGAUUUGCCACUCAUCGGGCGCGCUGAUGGACACCGAGAAGAGGUUUAAAGGGGAGCAGUACAUACCGCUUGUAGUAGAUGAUACUCUUGUCGACGGUCCACAGAGGGUACUCGUUAAGGAAAGUACCGAUGGCAUAAUAAGAUCCAACGUGCAGUUGGUUGCCUUCGAAAAAGUUGUGAUCCAGUUGUACGUUUUCUCUGGCAGAAUCUCGCUCCAUGGUAUGGCAACUUCGCUUGCCUGGCAGUAAACUCUGUCAACAUCGCUACUCUUUAGUCUUGACCUCUUAUUCAUUUUGGAAACAGGAAAAGUAUGAAGGCCGAAGAAGAUACUGAUGCUGAGACUGUGCGCGCUGCGAGUGUGAUUCAAAGUGACUGUCUUUUUGACGUCACUGUGAAACAGUUUGGGCUGCUGCGACAGUGAUGAUGUAACAUUCGCGGUGACGUUAGCAGACGCGAUACUGAUUUGGCGGGCUCCGCAGUGUUACCAAUGGUUACCGCGUAUGCCACUCGGCGUUGAAUUGUAUUUGCAACGUUUGGCUGGUAAGAUCUUAUUUUUCCACAAAGUAGAAGACGGGGGACAAGUUAAGACGCGUAUCAAAUAUAUGUAAAGCGUUAUAUUUGUAAUGAAAUGCACAUAGAUAUUUUACACUAAACUUGUAAAAACAUGCAACAUCAAAGAGCAUUGACAGUUACAAGAGUUUUCCGAGGAUAUUUAACAUAUACGAUAAUUGUGAAGCACGUAGCAUAUAAGCGUGCCUAACAAGCAAAUGUUUGUAAGCGAUGAAGUCCAAUGGAUAACUUUACUGCGUGUCGUCGUGAUUAGUACAGGACAUCCCAUUCGUCUGGACGAUGGCUAGACUUGAUGGCACCCAGCAUUGCUACGAACAGAUCCUGCUCUUGUCUUUACCAUCCUCCGCCACAGGUACGUGCCAAGGUACCCCUCCAUGAAGGCUUUCUUGGUUCCAUAUCGGGGGAGGCUGCGUUUGGCAUACAACCAUGCACCCUCGAUUGUGUUGGCGUGUGCUCCUGUCUCCGGGUCUUUGAAGUUUACGCUGUGAUUGACCUUUAGAUGCUGGUAACCCUCGUCAUCUAGGCAGUCGUAUGCCUUCCAGUAAUCACUAAUGAUGGUGGUACCAGGCAGAAUCCAUUCCUUGAUAAUCGGUAUCAAUGUUAAGAUAUCACGUUUUUCAACAGGAACCAUGAAGAUAUUACCCGAUUCUCUUUCUAUUCCUCCAAAAACCCAUUGUCCUUCCACGUGGUGACCGCGAUGGUAUUUUCUUUUUCCGAAUUUCGAUCGUUGAUUUCGACAGUCUUCCCGGGGCCGCCAAGCAUACCGCUGCUGUUGAGUGCAAAGUGAGUUGUUACCUCUCGACAGAAAUUGCACCAGUCGACGAUCGUCCUGUCGUAAAGGCCAGUCUCAUUGCGCAUCAGUUGUUCGUCCAGCCAUGCGCAAAGCCGUUUGUUAAGUGCAGAACCUCCGCUAGGUUUAGGUUAGACCCGACAAACCAACUUCCUUUCUUUAUGGACAGGCUCCUGUCAUGUUUGGGAACUCCAGCCAUUGUCCGACGACAUCUCCACAGCAGCAUGUGUGAAGACGAUUUCUUGGCCCGGUCCAGCUGCAGCGUCAUUCUCAUGUUACAGGUUACAUGUUACAGGUUACACCAUUUUAGGGUUGUCUUCUUGUCCAGAAUGAUGGUUGAAAGGAGUUGUCCAUGGGUAAUGAUAUCGGUGGAUGAUCUAGAUGACUGAUAGCUGGGUUCCCAUGGAAUUACCGUGUCUGACGAAAGGAUAUUAUCGAUACUUUUUGAGAAAUGUUCGGAGGCCAUACUAAUAUGUUGUUGAGUUGUUGAAUGAUGGAGGUUUUGAAUCAAAAUGACGUAAUUCCGUCGGUGACCAGAAGAUGCUGGUGACGUAAAGCAUAUUUGAUGUGAACGUGGAUGUGAUGGAACAAUGUAUCAAUGAUGUCAGUGACGGGAGGGAGGGCCGGUGGGCCGGUGGUGACAUGAGCCAUAAAAAAAAACCGCGUAAAAGCAUCCUUGACGUGAACGUAGAUGUGACGAAAUAAUGUGUCACUGACGGCAUGGAGGGAGGGCCGGUGGGCCGGUGGGCUGGUGGUACAAGAGCAAUAAAAAAAAGAAACCAAAUACUUAUUUUUGUUCAUACACCUGGAACUAUGUUUUCAAUGUGGGGGAUAUUCAAGUCAGGCCAACUUCGCUCGAAUUGUUUGAAAAUUCACUCUUUUUCUGAGUGGGCCAGUAACCAUUCCAAAAAGAGUGAAAUUCACUCUUUAGAAGGAGUGAAACAUAAUCACUCUUUUAAGAGUGAACUUUUUCACUCAAUAGGAGUAAAAAAAAACCACUCUUUUAGAGGAGUGAACAUGACUCUUUUCAGAGUGAAUAUCACUCCAUUAGACGACAAUAUCUUUGCACUCUCUUGGAGUGAGUUUUCACUCUACAUCUAGUGAGUUUCCACUCUAUAAUAUGACCACUUUUUUCACUCUCUUGGAGUGAGUUUUCACUCAAUAUCUAGUGUGUUACAACUCCAUAAGAUGUCCACUUUUUCACUCUCCUGGAGUGAGUUUUCACUCAAUAUCUAGUGCGUUUCCUCUCCAUAAGAUGUCCAUUAUUUUCACUCUCUUGUAGUGAUUUUUCACUCCAUAUCUAGUGGGUUUCCACUCAAAAGGACAACCUCAUUCCUAGCUCUGUUGGAGUUGCUUUUUACGCCAUGUCUAGUCAGUUUGCACUCCAUAAUUCUAUCCUGAAUGGUCUUGUAUUUAAUCCACAUGAAAACAAUGUGACUCAUACAAUUCUUGAACUAAAAAAACACAAACACCAGGCAGAAGCAAACAACUCGGAAAACACAAGAACAAUGAGCAGUUAUGUACAAAAUAAAGCAAUUUUUCAUUGGAGAAUCAUUUUGGCUGUCAAAUCAUUUGGAGAUCUACAUUAAGCAUUGAGAAAGGUCCUCACAUGCCAAUCAAUCCAUGGAAAAGUACAUGUCUUCAGAUAUAGGUAAACAUGGUAUUCACAAAUUCACAUCAUAUAGGAGGUUCUAUUUAGUUAAAAAAGUUCAAAAAUUUGACUGACUCACCAUCUAAUUUCAUAACUGACUGACCAUGCAAACGAAGUACAAAUACCAAAUAAUACACAUUUCAUAUAAUUGAGUUCCCUUCAAAAAAUUGAAUUGCCUUCAAAUACAGCUAGAUUUUGCAAGAAAUGCAUAUCAUGCACAAUUGCCUGGAUAUGUAAUAAUAAUAAUUCAUCAAAUACCCAAAUGAUACAUAUUCAUCACGAACGAAUCCUUCUAAAACAAAUAAAAAUAUGGUACCUUCUUCCGGCAUCUUACAAAGAAAUUUCACGCAAAUGUCAAUGCAGAAUUAUCACAAAAUUUUCACAGUGUUUGCCAAAAGAAAUUUACAACUUGUUUCCACAUGAAAAGUUAUGCUGUAUGACUGUACUCAGUGUUUAACAAUGUACAAAGAAAUAAAUGGGAUCAUUCAAACGAUAGCCUGUACAAACAAUGCACAAAACGACCAAUAUUCUUUAACUCUUUGGCUACGUAAUACUUUUUCAUGAUUAGGUCACGCCCAGACGGAAUACUUUUUACGGAAAUUACCGAAAUAUUAGGUAUUAGAAAAAACCCUCUGUUAUCGAUAGAAAUCUAGUAAAGUAUAUAAACCUAUAAAUGUUCUGAAUCCUUGGAACCUAUCCCAUCUAUUUAUGCAAUGAUUUGGGUUCUAAUAUGCAGUAGGUAGAUGUUCCAAGGCUUUGAACUUUGAAAACACUCUGAAAAUUGAAAAACGCUAUUUUGUAACAUCUAUUUAUAACUUUUAUAACUGCAAAUAUGACAAAAAGUUGAACUCACCAUUCUCAACUGUGUGUUUCUGAUCUGUUUUCCAUAUCAUAAGUGAAUAAAGUGCAUAUCCUAACUCAAGAAGUGUCAUAGUCCUUAUAGCUUGACCACUGUUCUUGUCUCAGUCCAAGGUUUUCGAAUGACGGGUAAUCCAAAAAGUGAAAACAGAACUAAACAACAUCUUAUUUACAAAUACCAGUCAGAAAAUCACAUGUGUAAUAAUAAUGAUAAUAAUAAUAAUAAUAAUAAUAAUAAUAAUAAUAAUAAUAAUAAUAAUAAUAAUAAUAAUUUAUUUACCUCCUUUGAAGAAGAAAACAACACAAGAAAACAAUACAAACUAUUGAUACAAAGACCGGAUAAGACAUUAUAUACAGCUAAACUUACUAAUAACAUACAGCCGUUUCAAACACGUUUCAUACGCCCAGCAGUAAACACGGCAAUAGUAUAUAUAUGGAUUAAAAUGAUUUCAAUAAGAGAUUUGCCAGUUGCUUUUCCCUGGAAGUGCAGUGAUUAAAAUUCUCUGAGUGUAGUAGGGCCCUCAAGCUAUCUACAACACCGUCCGCAGGGACGCUCACUUUCUGUAGUUGUAGGGCAGUUUUAUUAAAAGCCAGGGCUGUGUGUGUCGGGGAGAAACCCCCUCUAAUAAUACUGCUAAUCAGCAUGCUGGGGCUAAAACUGCUGGUUGUUAUGUAACGAUUAAGGAACACCAUAUUCAAAUUCCUAAUCAAAUUUAAAAAUGCGAUCAUAUAAAAGGACCUUUUGCUUGUUGAUAAAAUCAGACACUUUGCCAAUAUUUAGGGCUGAAAGUAACUUAGAGUGUCGGCACCUCUUAGAAAAACCAAAAAUAUGUUUGAUAUUAUCACUUUGGCACUUUUCUAGUAAACGGAUAUCUUUAGCACUAAGGUUUUGACAAUUCAUACCAAAGGUAAGUGUGGCGGCCACGCCAAAUCGUAUCGUAGAUCGAAAGAAUUCAAUUAACUGCUUUGUUUGGCGUCGCCUCAAAUCCUUUAUUCAUAAUUGUCCACAGAGCUUGUAAAGACUGUAAAAAGAAUACAGUGUCCUAAGUAAACCAUCAAAAUAUCCAUAUUGGCUAUUACAAUUAUCAUAUACCUCAUUCUACAGUUACAGCAGAUCAGGGCGCAGUGAAACUUUAGGGUAAAUCGGUAUAAUACACAAUGUUCCCGAAUGCUAAGUUCAAAGGUUGUCCAAGUCAACCCAGUUUACGGAAAUCAGCAAUAAAGAUAAUCUCAAUUCGUGGUCUUA